AUGUUCGCCAUUGCUGGAGGUAUCCUGGCAGCCUUACUCCUGCUGACAGUUGUUGUGCUCUGUCUUUUCAUCAAAGUAUCCAAAGCACUAAAAACUGCCAAGGAGCCUGAUGUCGAGGCUGCAAAAGGUAAAAAUCUAGACAAGGCGUGGUACACCAAGAACGCCAGGGCCAAGGCCAGUACCGCCGAGUCUUGUCCCACCCUCCAGUGCUGCACUGCGUGUCGAAUGCAUGAUUUCGAUGCCCUGCCACCAUGCUACUGUGACGUAAAUGAGGGACUCUGACUUGGGAAAGGUGGGCAUGAGAAUCUUCAUGAGCAACAUUCCUUUCUUA